AUGGAGAAGUUAUAUUGCAAAAUCGGAACCGUGGUCCCCAUCACAUUCAACAUUGUCGGCGAACGCGAUCCUCGUUCACGUAUACGUGUUCGUGCCGUUUAUACGGACCAUGCAAUCUUCGACACACCCGUAGUGCCUUGUCCGAAUCACCUGGCGAAAGACGCUAGUAAUGCGAGAAACCAUUUUGUACGCUGUCAGCAUGCGGGGACUGAAUAUCUCGAUGAAAACGGGAAUUACUCUUUGCGUAUUCCUUUGUGUGAGCAGGCUGGUUUCAUGUUCACAUGCUUCAGCUCAUGUGCUGGUGGCAUCAACCGUCGUUCGGUUGCACUCACUUUCCAACUUGAGUUAGGAGGCGGAAGAUCAUCGGGGAUGCACUGUCUUCCGUUGAAAGUUUGUGCCAAGCCUUACCGCGAUGCGUAUCUGGAUGAUAAAAAGAUGCUUGAAACAGCAUUUAUGAAAAAAACACCCAAACGCAAGAAGCAGCACAGUAGUAGCAAACCAUCACCUAACUCAGAGUGUAAUGAUAACACCUCCGGAGCUUUGGAAAUACGCGUAAAGCUCAACGAUCCAACGAAAAUCAAUAAGUGUCUAUGGUAUCUGAGGCACGAAGAGAAAUUCGACAGUUUGAUUUCUAUGGCGAUGGACAACAUUUCAUCUCGCGAUUUUUGCUCAUUGACUCCAGGCAUCGGGAUCAAAGCGUGGUUGAGUAGACCUAGCAUUGGACUUGCAUCGCAUGCUGACAGAUUCGAGCGGAACUCCAUCACCACCCUAGGCGACCUCGCUAAAAUUUAUCGCAAUGACACAUUUGCUCGCUUUGGUUUCACGCCCAAUGAAUGUGCCGUUUUGAACAAAGCCUUCCAGGAAUGGCAUCAUGAAUACAGGUUAGAGCUGUGGGCUACUUUUCCUUUCUCUAAAGAUGUUGAAGUUCAUGCGAUAUUGGCGCGAAUUGCUAGGAUGUAUCCGACAGUGCAUUAUUUCAAUCGUACAAGAUUUUUAGCUCCACGACCACUAAUAGCAAUCGUAAGAGGACAGGACUAA